GUGAAAUUAAUUUUUUUUAAAUAAAACAUAUUUGAGGUUUUAUUUCAUCUCCUGGUUGUUUUUAUUGUUUUUUAUUAGAACAAUUCGGUUUUCUAAAAGCAGAACGUUUUCCUAGAUUCGUUAAGUGACUUACUUCAUCGUAGAUGUGACAAAGGGAGUAACGACUUUGUGGGAUGUUUUGUCGGCGUCUUUCCCGUAUUUGACUUGUCUACAAGCGUGGUACAUCAGAUGAGAUUAAAAUUCAUUAUAAAUGUAUGCCCUGGUUUAAUGCUAUAGAGCUAAUGUUAAAAUACGGUUAGACCGACGUCAAUGUUGAGGUAUUCCAUAAUUACAUUUAAUCAAUCUUGUACCAGAGGAAAUGAAAGACCUCAAAUGUCAACGGAAAUAUAUUGGUUGCAAAUAAUCUCGACAUGUUUCAUUUUAAGGAGGAGACCGAGUGAGCCGGGACGCAAUGAUGAUGUUUGGACGUCCACUUCCUGCAUUCAUCCGAGUCAGUGCUGCCUACAUCACACCCGUGGCCCUGUUUAUGCUGUUGGUGAUCAGUUUCUUUUCCUACCGCCCUCCCACAUAUGGAACCUACAUCUACCCGGACUACUGUAAUGUACUGGGCUGGGCACUGGUCACUCUUACAGUUCUGCCUUUCUUUGUGAUGUUUAUAGUUCUACUUAAGCAAUCAAGCGGUACAUUGACUCAGCGCUUUCGCAAGACUUCAUCGCCAAUGUUGACAUGGUAUCCAGUAGAACCUAAGUUUAGAGAACUUUACCGGAAGUCAGAGAUAUCACGUGGCAGCUCAUUAUCACAGUUAGCUUGGUUUAACCUGACAGGGCGUGGAGGUAUUAGUAUUAACAGUGAAAGCAUUGUUUUGGACGACAGCGAAUGCGCAGUCUUGAAAUAUACCGCUAAUAUAUAUUGAUAUUUUGAAUUAAAAUACCAAUAAU